AUGGAACCAAUAUUGUUGGGAGUUGCUGAGAAACAUUUCAUUGCUCAGGGAUUCGCUGAUGGAUGUCGUGACGAUGGUCGAGGAGUUGAUGAUUUCCGUCCGAUGUGGAUCGAAAGCCCGGCCUUGAAUACAACAAAUGGCUCAGCGAGGGUAAAGAUCGAUACUACGGAUAUAUUGGUAGGUGUGAAAUGCGAAGUUAUGGAAUGCUCGGACACAUCAGCGGUCCCAAAUCGUUUGCAAUUCACGGUUGAUCCUUCUUGUUUGGCCGCUGCACGAAUUGAAGCAAGAGGUGGAGAAUAUUUUACCGAAGCUGUUGCCGAUGUGUUAGAAGAGGCUUACCAUGGAAGCGGCGAUGUUAUCACCAAUAUGGACAGACUCAUUCUUUCAAAACAGUUUAUGUGGAAAGUAUAUGUGGAUGUCGUUAUACAACAGUAUGGUGGGAACAUUGUUGAUGCUAUUUUUAUUGCUGUUAAAGCUGCUUUGAUUGAUACCAGGAUUACUAACCUAACAUUGGUUCCUCAAGAUGAAGGCAAGUUCAAUAUAGAGUGUGAUGAGUCUACGGAAACGAAUUUCUUUCAAUUGGAGGCAGCUAAUGCUCCUCUUUGUGUUACUGUUAAUCAAAUUGGAAAGUCUAUAGCUGUAGAUUGUACGGAAGUCGAAGAAGCGCUGUUAAGGACGUCCCUUUGGAUUGUAAUGGACCCGCCGGAAAAUGAUAGGGUCCCUGAUGACCAGAUACGAUUACGAUUAGUGAAGCAGAUGGAUCCUGGUGGUAUGGAUCCACGUUCAGUUCCGGCUAUGGUCGAUUUAGCAAUACGAACGGGGAGGAAUCUACACUCGUCGGUGAACACUCGGCUAGAAGAAAUACGAAAUGAUGCUGGUUCGCAUAUCCCUGGAUCUUCGUUCCUUUUUGAGUAG